GCUGGCCUCUGCUGGUGGGAUCGCUGAGCUGAACUGAAGGGAGAGGCUCUGCUUCUUCUCCUCAGAAAACAAACAUGGCGUCCACCAGCAGUCGUGAAUGGAGGGCGGUGUGCGAGAAAUUCGGGCGGGCGAACCACCUUUCCGAGGUGGAGUCCAGAAAAGAUCCGGAGAACGACCCGUUCCGCUCCAAAUACGAAGCCCGGGAGCUGUUAAAAGACAUUUACUGCGCGCUGAAGAGCGUGGAGGCGGAGGAGAGCGACGGCGAGGCGGACGGGCAGGGCGAGCAGAGCGGCUCCGAGGAGGCGGAGUGUGGAGCCGGGAGAUCCGUGCCGGGAGACUCGCGGGCCGGCCUCAGAGCCGCCAAGCUCGCGGUCAUCGAGUACUACCUGGGCGUGAACCACACCGAGACCGAGGAGCUCUCAGCCGGUGAGGAGCAUCUGAUGAACUGCAUGAAGCUGCUGGAGAAAUGCACAGUGACCCCGGAGAACGUCUCUCUGUUCAUCCAGGCCAGGAACCAGCUUGGGAUCUUGUGGGCUGGAAGAGAUGAAACUGAGAAAGCUCAAGGAUUCUUGGAAACAGCAGAAUCCAUUUAUGUAAACUACAUGAAAGAGGAUGGUCAGCCACCAGUAGAUUUGAUGGAUUUCUUUGUGGCAGAGGAAGAUGCAACAACCCAACAGGAGAGAAUGAGGAGGUUUGAAAUGGCCUACACCCACACUCUUUACUACCUGGCUCAGGUUUAUAAAAACCUGGAUCAGUUUGAGCGUGCUGGACAGUACUGUCACAGUACUCUGCAGAGACAGCUGAAGUUUAACCAGUUUGUGCCACUUGAAUGGGCCAUUAAUGCCGCUACACUGUCACAGUACUACAUCACCAAGACGCGCUACAUGGAGGCACGACACUGCUUGGCUGCAGCGAGUGUUAUUGCUGGCCUGGCUGGAGAAGUCCCUUCAGAGGCUGCUGCCAAAGAAAGUCAAACUGAGUAUGAAAAACGUGAGCAGCUGCGCCAGAAGAGAGCUGAAAUUGCCAGAUGCUGGAUCAAAUAUUGCCUUAACCUGUUACAAGAUGCCAGAAAGCUUUUAGAGGACAACAUUGGAGAUCUAGAUCUAGAUCGACAGGAGGAGCUGCUGAGAGCUCGCCAAGAUGAGGAGGAGGAGAAAGAGAGAGAGAAAAAGAGCGCCGUUCUUUUCGAUUCCUGUGACACCUUCGACUCCAUUUGCAGCCUGGAAGAGAAGGUGAGCUGUGCGUUUCCGCUGACCUUCGAAGAAGCCCGUGCCAUCUUCCUGGUGGGCCAGACCUACGUGGGCCAGGCUAAGGAGUAUUUUGAAAUGGACGGUCAUGUGACGGAUCAUAUUGAGAUCAUUCAGGACCACAGCGCUCUCUUCAAAGUGCUGGCCUUCUUCGAGGAGGAUCUGGAGCGCCGCUGUAAGAUGCACAAGCGCCGGGUCGACAUGCUGGAGCCCAUCUGCAAAGAUCUGAACGCUCAGUACUACCUGCUCAUCUGCCGACAGCUGCAGUUCGAACUCGCCGAGACCUUCUAUGAGAUGAUGAGCCUGAAGCUGGCAGUGGCUGAAAAGCAGGACCAGCCUGACACUCACAUCAUAAAGAAGUUCAACCUCUUGUGCACCUCGUCCAUCAAGUACUACGAGAUGUUCCUGGACUCGCUCCGUUCACCAGAAGGCAAAUUCCCUGAGGUGCUGGAGGACGACGUGCUGAGACCAGCUCUGGUGGCCAAGUUUAGUGUUGCUCGGCUGCAGUCCAAGAUCAUCUCCACCAGUCUGGCUGUUCAGCUGGAGAACCUCACCCGCUCACUGGAAUGCUACAACUUUAUCAUGCAGUAUUGUAUGGACCACCCAGAAGCUAAGAAGGCUGUGGAAACUGAACUGGAGCUCAGUGAAGAGAUGGUGUCCCUUCUUCCAUUGAAGAUUAAUAGAAUAAAAUCCAAAAUGGUAUCUGCCAACUCAUAAGUGACCACUAUUGUAAUUAGAACUGCACACUAAUAUUAAAAUACUACUAUUAUGAUUAUUGUUACAAAGAUGCACCUUACAGUAUAUUAAAGUACUUCAAUACAUCAAUACACACAAUCUGCGUUAUUCUGACAAAUAAUAAACAUGGAUAUGGUUGGACUAUAUGGAUAACUUGCUUAAUCAGAACACUUAUCCAGAACUAAUAUUUACAUCAUGCUGUGAGUUUUAUAUCAGUGCAGUUCUGAAGUUAUAAAAGACUCUCUAUGCUGCUUGACAUAGAAAUAAACCCCUCACCCCAAUCUGAUGCAUCAUUAACACAGAAGAGAUCAGCCCAUCUGACCCUGACCACCAUCUCUAUACCCCAAGCCCCGCCUCACUCACUGCUUCCUGUGUACACCUGGGACCAGAUUAAAUCUGAGAGACUUUCGCUUUACUGUCAACAGUUUCCUCUUAUCUGCAUGAUUCUCAUAUGACUAAUUUAUUAAGUAAAUGCCUUGUCGUGUACAUGUUUACGUUGUCUCAAUUAGGGGCUUUAAAUACGAUGUAAUGUAAAUGUAUUUUGUCCCCAAAUAAAACAUUUCUUUUACUUUAAUAAA